CACCAUCAUGGAUGACUUCGCCCUAAAAAAUACCUUCAACAAAACAACACACUACACCGAAGAAAACGCCAACGCUGCUAUCCGCGGUGAACGAGUUCCUCCCUGCGUAUGCCACCCCGCAUUACGACUUUGUCUGGUACGGGGAAUCCGGUAUAGUCCCGGGUUCGCAACCGAACUCCAAUGCAAAUAUGACCGUCAGGGACUGUUUACUCGGGCAAUUAACGCUCGAAGAAUCAUGAGUAAUGAGAUCCCUGAGAUGACAAAUGGGCGAGAUACCCCGUAUUGUAUCUGGUAUCCGGAAACCGCUACUGAAGAUUCCUACAGAAGAUUGGUAUCGCGAUACCCUCAUCUCAAGUACCAUGUUGGUCGAGCGUGCGCUGUGGCUGGCUACAUGGACCUCUACAAGGAGCUGGAUCUCUUGCCAGAUGUACAUAUUGCCGAAGAGGCGAGGGAUAAUAACCGCAUGGCUAUAUUUGAUCUCAUCAUGGCGAGUCCGAUCAGGUAUAGUGUUAUGAAUGACUAUACCCGCAGUGUUGAUCUUCAACAUCCAACAGUAUGCUAUGUGUGUGGUCUCAACAGCGAUACAGCUGUACGGUCCUUUUUAGAACAGAAGCAGAAACAUGCCAAAUCACAGGAUAAUGGAGUCUUCUUCCCGUUACAUUUCGGAUAUAGAUCUCACUACUGGAAUAUCACCGAGGAUUUGAAUAUCGGCGAAUUUACAUCGGAGAAACCGCCGCCCGAGGAUGUGUCUCGGUUUCUGUACACUCCUCUUCCGGCUGAUUUGCCUCCGAUGAACAAGGAUUUAUUGAUAUUGAUGGCCGCAUGGAGUGGAGACAUCGAUCGGUAUGCUCGUCUACGCCGACCAGUCAUGAUUGAAGAAGAGUUUGAAUGUGUGAUUCGAGGGGUCUACCACAACACCUUUUUCGCCAAGUGGUGGUCUCUCCAAGAACCACUCUCGGGGCGUUGGCAAAAUACAGCCCUCCAGAGUGCAAUCACGGCCCGGUUCAUUAUGAGCAAUGAUUUGUCUCGGAUACCAGCUCAAUCGUCUACAUCCAUACCUCGCCCACGGAAUCCACAUACACAAGCCUCAGACUCAACCCUCCCCUUCUGCAUCUGGUACCCCAAUCUCGCCGAACCAGAAACAUACCGCGAACUCGCCCGUCGCGAACCCCGGAUGAUCACCUCCAUGGCCCGUGCGUGCAUGAUCGCCAACUACCAAGCCAUAUACCAGAAACUAGACUUUAAACCCACCCGGGCCCUACUCUUUGAGGCUGAGCAGCGACCGGAAGAGUUCUAUACCGAGGAUCUGAACCGUCGUGCAGAACUUCAUGGGGGGAUAGUAGAGACCGAGGAGGUCUAUCCUCGCGAGACGUGGUUUCGGCAAACACGUCACUGA